AUGUCCUGUCCACCGCAGGAGCUCGUGAGGAAGCCACACCGCUCACGCAGGGCAAAACAGAGCCAGGGAGGGCGUCUGGACACCGGGUCAGCGCCGAACAGCGAGCAGCCCCCUCCGGAGAAGAUGGCACACCUCCAGAGCCUCCAGAACCAGAACUCGCGUCUGGACCCGGAGGAGUACUUCACCAAACAGGAGCGCAUCGGCAAAGGCUCGUUCGGAGAGGUCUACAAAGGCAUCAACAACCGCACCAAGGAAGUGGUGGCCAUCAAGAUCAUCGACCUGGAGGAGGCGGAGGACGAGAUCGAAGACAUCCAGCAGGAGAUCACGGUGCUCAGCCAGUGCGACAGCCCCUUCGUCACCAAAUACUACGGAUCCUAUCUAAAGGGAACAAAAUUAUGGAUUAUCAUGGAGUAUUUAGGCGGUGGUUCUGCUUUAGAUUUGCUGCGGCCUGGGCCUUUGGAGGAGACGUACAUCGCGACGAUUCUGAGGGAGAUCCUGAAGGGGCUGGAGUACCUGCACUCAGAACGCAAGAUCCACAGAGAUAUAAAAGCUGCUAACGUGCUGUUGUCGGAGCAGGGGGAGGUGAAGCUAGCCGACUUCGGCGUGGCGGGGCAGCUCACCGACACGCAGAUCAAGAGGAACACGUUUGUGGGGACUCCCUUUUGGAUGGCCCCGGAGGUCAUCAAGCAGUCGGCGUAUGACUUUAAGGCUGAUAUCUGGUCACUGGGCAUCACGGCGAUAGAGUUGGCCAAAGGGGAACCGCCCAACUCUGAGCUUCACCCAAUGAGAGUGCUGUUCCUGAUCCCCAAGAACACACCCCCGACGCUGGAGGGCCCCUACAGCAAACCCUUCAAGGAGUUUGUGGAAUCGUGUCUAAAUAAAGACCCGCGAUUUAGACCGACGGCCAAAGAGCUCCUGAAGCACAAGUUCAUCACACGCUACACGAAGAAGACGUCCUACCUGACGGAGCUCAUCGACCGCUACAGACGCUGGAAAUCUGAAGGUCACGGAGAAGAGUCCAGCUCUGACGACUCAGACAUGGACGCUGAUGAUGGAGAGCCUGGUCCCAUGUGGUCUUUCCCGACAGUGAGACCCUCCACCCUCAGCUCGCUGCAGCAGGGCUACCCCCACACGGACCGCGAGAAUCUUCCUGGAGAGUCUGUUCUACGGCAGCCAAAAUCCCAGUGUUUAUCUGCUUUGGUCACGCCCAUCUUCAGAGAGCUGAAGGAGAAGCGGCGAGCGAGCGGAGGCGGCGUGGGAGCCAUCGAGGAGCUGGAGAACGCCUUUAACCUGGCAGAAGAGUCCUGUCCAGGCAUCUCCGACAGACUGGUCACGCACAUGAUGGAGCGAGUGUGCAGGUUUUCUCUGAACGGUAACUCCGCCCCUUCCUCACGAUGA